UCGUAUUCUCCAUUCUCCAUGAAGCUCCCAAAAGAAACAGAAAAUCAUCACGAUCGUUCUUAGUAAAGUUCACAAAUUGACAUCAACGCUCGAAAUAAACCAUUCAGAAACGCAAGAUUUACAGUCGCAAAGAUCUGGCCUAAAGGUCGCCAUGUAUGUCUAAAUUGCUUGAAAGCUUACUUGUCAGACAGUAACUUCCUGUAAACAACCUGAGGAUAUUUGGCUCUUUAGCAAAUGGACAAAGGAGCACCGUCCAGUCUGUUUGUUAAUGAUGGUUCAUUCAUGGAGAAGUUUAAACAACUUCAGCAAGGGAAUGGGAAGGAAGAGGAAAAGGAUAAGGGGGCUGCAGAAAAGGAUUCUAAACCCAAAACAAUUGUUUCAGGGUCUGUGACCCCUAAACCUUCUUUUGGUAAAGUAACUAUGCAGUUGAAGGCUAACGAUGGACGAAAGACCCCGCCGACUGCUUCGGGUGGCAAACUUGCUUUCAGUUUGAAACAGAAGUCAAAGCUUAUGGCACCUGCGGUUAAGUUGGGUGAAGAUGAGGAGGAUGAAGAUGAAAUUGAUGCUGUAAAUGCUUCAGGUGAUGUGUCGGCAAAGAGGCAGAAGUUGGGUCAAUUGGAUACCUCUGAACAAUCGUCGAGACGAUUGGAUGUUGCACCACCUCCCCCAAGUGAUCCCACUGUGAAGAAUGUUGCAGACAAACUAGCAAGUUUUGUUGCUAAACAUGGAAGGCAAUUUGAGAAUGUUACACGCCAAAAGAAUCCUGGAGAUACACCAUUCAAAUUUUUAUUUGAUGAGAAUUGUGCCGACUUCAAGUACUAUGAGUAUAGGCUCGCUGAAGAAGAAAAGGCUCUUUCACAGAGCAGGGAUUCUCAAAUCUCUUCUAGUGGUGGUACAAGUACUCCAGCAUCUAAAUCCACAGGUAGUUAUCAGAGCUUGCAGCAGCAGCAUUCAAAUUACCAAAUUCCCGCUUCAGCUUUAUAUGAUGAUGCUGAAGAGCCAAAGGGUUCGAUGUCAACAUCUUCAGGAAGAGCUGGUGAAUCUAGUGCACCAGCAGGUACAGAUCCUAUAGCAAUGAUGGAGUUCUACAUGAAGAAGGCUGCUCAUGAAGAGAGGAGGAGACAACCUAGACAUUCUAAGGAUGAGAUGCCUCCUCCUGCUUCCCUUCAAGCUAUGUCCAAAAAAGGUCAUCACAUGGGUGACUACAUCCCACCAGUAGAGCUUGAGAAGUUCUUGUCUACUUGUAACGAUGCAGCUGCACGAAAGGCUGCUAAGGAGGCUGCAGAAAGGGCAAAGAUCCAGGCUGAUAAUGUUGGGCAUAAACUCCUGUCCAAAAUGGGCUGGAAAGAAGGUGAGGGUCUAGGGAGCUCCAGAAAUGGUAUUUCAAAUCCGAUCAUGGCUGGUGAUGUAAAGAAGGAUCACUUGGGUGUUGGUGCUCACAAUCCUGGGGAGGUGACUCCUGAUGAUGAUAUAUACGAGCAGUACAAGAAGCGAAUGAUGCUUGGUUACCGUCACCGGCCGAACCCCCUGAACAAUCCUCGAAAAGCUUACUACUGAGCAAUAUUUCAUUCAAGCUGUUUGUUUGUAGACUGUCUUCAAGAAAUAAUCAGAUGUCGAAUUGCUUAUUAUGCUAUUGGAUUGUACCCUGUGACAGAAUGGGAGUUGUCGAGAGUUUGCUAUGUGUGGAAUCAGUGCUCAAGGAUAAAAAUUCCUUCAUAUUCUUUUUCUGCUUUCAUUUUAUUAGCGGUGCAGUAUUGGCAAGGAAACGAUCUUCUGCCUUCAUUUUA